GGGCGCUGUCGCGAUAGGAGCGGGGGUGCUGGGUUCGCGGUGCGUGUGGGCGGGGCGGAUCGCGACAGGAAGGAGGGCGCGCGGCCCAGCGAGGGACCCGGCGGGGGCUAUCGCGACAGGGGGCUGGUGUGCGCCGGCCCGGCGGGCUGUCGCGACGUGAGGGGUCCCGGGGAGCGGCCGUGAGCCGCUGCGACAGCAGCAGGGGUCCUCGUCGCCACUGAGGCGCUUCAGUGGGUAUCGCUGUCACGACGGGAGCCUCGUCCCCGCAGCCCGUCGCGCGCCGAGGGGCCCUGUCGCGGCUAUCGUGACAGCAGCGGGGCCGAUGGAUGCGGACGGAGCUCUGGACGUGGGCGCGCUGCGGGAGGAGCUGCGGGCGGCUGUGGCGGCCGACGAGAGGCACGCGAGGGAGAACGGCGCCAAGCUCCGCGCCGUGCGGCAGCGAGUGGGCUCCUACGAGGAGUUCAGGUGCGCACGGGUGUCCCCAGCGCAGCCCCGCUCCCGGGGCCUCGUGCCGGGCAGCCGCCGCUCACCCGCUGCCCCUUCUCCGCAGAGCUCCCCCGGCAGCUCCGCCCCAGCCCGUUCCGCCGCCGUUGUCCCUCCCCGGGCGCGGGACCCCACGCUUGCCGCUGCUGGGCGGCCCGGUGCUCCUCUCCGCCUGCCCAGGUGUCGCUGAGCGGCGGCUCCCGGUGUGCCACGCGCUCCUCCGUCCAUCGCAGAUUUGUGAUCUGGGAUGGCAGGGAUGCUCCUUGGGGCAGGAGCGUGGGGCGCUCCCAGCGUCCUCCACCACGUCCCCAUCCCCUGACAUCCACAGAAAGAUCUGUAGGUGGAUCCAGGACUUGACCACCCCAUGACGGACUCAUCCAUCGCUACAGCGCGUGGCGCUGAGAGCCUCGCUCUGCCUGAACGGCCAGCAGGGGCAGGGAGGUGGUGGUCCCCCUCUACUCAGCUCUUGUGAGGCCCCAUCUGCAGCACUGUGUCCAGGCCUGGGGGCCCCAGUACAAGAAGGACACAGAGCUCUUGGAACGAGCUCAGA